AUGGCUUCUCUGGUUGGCUUCUCUGCAAUUCACCAGAAGAGUUGCAUAGAAGCCAUGGCGUCCCCGUACUCUAAUUUGUGUUACUGUUCUAUGUCAAUCCCCAAAUUACCCACCACCACCCACUUCUUGUCAUCUCUUUAUCCCUCCAAUUCCUGUGGGUUCCAUGGGAUUCCACCAUACAGAGUUUUGUCUACCACAAGAACAAGUGCAAAGUUUGAGAAAUUCCAAGGCCAAGUUUCGCAAGACAAUAUUGAAGACAUCCCAGACUCAUCUACUUUAAAGUCCUCACAACAAACAAUUCAAGAAGAGGAAGAAGAUGACAGAUUUUUGCCUUCUGAUUUGGAGGGUGCUGUGCGGCAGUCAAGUGAAGCAACUGCUUCUUUCGUUUCUUCAGGAGGAAUGAGAGCCAUAGUUGAGCUCUUAAUACCGCAGUUGCAGUUUCUUGAUGAUGAAGGUGCCCAAGCUGAGCUCUGGGAACUUUCAAGGAUUUUCUUGGAUACAUUAAUUGAAGAAACUGGAUGUCAGAAAGUGAAAGCCAUAUUUCCAGAUGCUGGUGCUGCUGCCCUUCUAAAAUAUCAGUGGAAAGAUGCUGCUUUCAGCUUUUCGAGUUUAAGUGACCGGAAGCCUGUAGAGAGCGACGAUGAAAUUAUUGUUAUGGUAGUUCCUGAUUAUCAGAUGUUGGAAUAUGUCGAACGAAUUGCAUCUGAUCUCUCAGAUGAUCCGGUGUUUGGAUUUGGAGAUCAAAUCCUGUUCUGA